AUGUACCAAGAACAUUACCACUACAAUUACCCCAAACCAGCUGUAGUCAAAGACUUGCCGUCCCCGCCUAUAUUAAACCAAGGUCAAUGUGGCGUGUCUAAGAACGACCAAUCACAACAGAUUGUAGGUGGCAAAGACGCACCAGCUAAUGCUUGGCCUUGGCAAGUAUUUUUGAGCAUUUCAGGAUCCCUGUGUGGUGGGGUUAUUAUCAACAGUGAAUGGAUCAUGACGGCUGGACACUGUCUGCGAAGUAAUGAAGCCGUGGUAUAUUAUGGAAACAACAACUAUUAUAAAGCCAAAACAGUUCGCACAAAAGCGGUGUUUAAAAACACACAAGCUAGCGCUGAUAUGGUCCUUUUUAAACUGUCCUCCCCGUUAACGUUUACAGACUCAGUACAGCCUAUCUGUUUGCCUGAGGGUAAUAUUUGGGACGCCUCGCCUUGUUUUGUCACAGGCUGGGGAGCUACGGAUCUAUUGAUGCAAAAGUCAGAUCACAUUCUUCAACAGCUUCGCGUCAGACUAAUGAACCAAACUAUGUGCAUCGCUUACAACUCAUUUUAUGGAAUAAUUGACUUGGAUGGUCAGUAUUUCUGCGUGACUUCCGCUGGACACUCAGGCGCAUACUAUGGAGACUCUGGUGGACCACUGAGCUGCAUGAGCAAUGGACGUUACUACUUGGUUGGAGUACUGACCCAUAUUCUUUUCUUCGAUGGAGAUCAUAUUAGUUUCGCAGUAUCUGUCCCAAAGAAUAUUCAGUGGAUAACUGACACAAUACGUAGACAUUCUUAG